UGAAAGAUGACAUCCUAAAACAAGCCAAGCAGGGACAACCAGAGUCCAUCAGAGACCACCAGAGACCACCAGAGUCCACCAGAGCCCAGCAGAGUCCACCAGAGCCCAGCAGAGCCCAGCAGGCAUCUCAGCACAACAUGAUCUUUGUCUUCCUCUUCUGUUUUUUCCCUGCAGUAUGGCUCCAGGAACUGCAGGGCCAGUGUCCUGGUGGCUCCUGUAACCCCCCCCUGGGGGACCUGAUGGUGGGACGAGCAGCUCAGCUAUCAGCCUCGUCCACCUGUGGGCGGGACGGACCUCAGAACUAUUGCAUCAUCGGAUACUUAGAGGAGGAACAGAAAUGCUUUACAUGCGACUCCAGACUUCCCUACAGUCGCCAGAGCAACCCAAACAGCCACCACAUUGAGAACAUCAUCACGACCUUUGACCCUGACAGGAAACUGAAGUGGUGGCAGUCUGAAAACGGAGUCCAUGAGGUCAGCAUCAGGCUGGACCUGGAGACCGUGUUCCAGUUUAGUCAUCUGGUCCUCACCUUUAAGAGUUUUCGUCCGGCGGCCAUGUUGGUGGAACGUUCGAAGGAUUUUGGACGAAGUUGGAAAGUUUUCCGAUAUUUUGCAGAAGAUUGUUUGCUUCAUUUCCCGUCAGUGUCCGCCGAGCCGACCGACAGCAUCGAUGAUGUCGUCUGUGACAGCCGGUACUCAGGAUCAGAGCCGUCCACAGACGGAGAGGUAGUGCUGAAAGCUCUGGACCCCAUUUUUGAGAUAGAAAAUCCGUAUGCAGCAAACAUCCAAGAUCUCAUCACGGUGACCAAUAUCCGGGUGAAUUUCACUCGUCUCUUCACGCUGGGCGACACUCUGCUGUCCCGACGACGCAGAAACCCUCAAGACAAAUAUUACUACGCUCUCUACAACAUGGUGGUCCGAGGAAGCUGCUUCUGUAACGGACACGCAAGCCAGUGCACGCCUGUCGACCCGGGACGGGGGGACACCUUCUCUCAGACUGGAAUGGUCCACGGUCAGUGUGUCUGUCAGCACAACACUGAGGGAGAGAACUGUGAGCGAUGUCAGGACCUCCACCAUGACUCCCCCUGGAGGCCUGGAGGAGAGAACACAGCUGACGUCUGCAGGAGAUGUAACUGUCAUGGUCAUUCGGACUCGUGUCACUUUGAUGUCUCUCGCUUUGAUGCUACGGGUGGCGUGAGUGGCGGCGUGUGUGACAACUGUCGCCAUGACAGGGCGGGGCCUCAGUGUGAACUCUGUCGACCUUUUCUGUACCAGGAUCCUCAGAGAGCCAGAGACGACCCGCAGGCCUGCAUACCUUGUGACUGCGACCCGGCCGGCUCUGAGGGUGGCGGUCUGUGCGACGCUCUGAGUGGUCAGUGUGUGUGUAAAGAAAAUGUUGAGGGUCAGCGCUGUGAUCGCUGCAAACCAGGAUCCUCUAAUCUGAGAGCCGACGACCCGGCAGGCUGUCAGGUGUGCAGGUGUCAUGGUUUGGGAAGUGUCGGGUCAUGUGAUCAGCAGACAGGAAGCUGUGAAUGUGACCGUUUUGCGAGUGGACCGCUGUGUGAUCGCUGUGUGACCGGUUUCUGGGGUUUGGGAAACUCUGUGUUCAGAUGUUCUCCGUGUGACUGCGAUGCUGGAGGAGCUCACAGCAACAUGUGUUCUCCGGAGAACGGACAGUGUCACUGUUUACCAAACAUGAUAGGUCGGCGCUGCUCUGACCCCGCCCCUGGGUACUUCCUGCCUCCAUUGGACUACUUCCUGUAUGAAGCGGAGCUAGCUGCUCCGCUCUCAGGGACACACUCUCCUUCUUCUUCUCCCACUGCUGCUCCACCGUCUUCUUCUCUGGUGAACCCGGCUCUGCUCCCGGACUGUGAGAAGUACUACAGGGAACGUGGUUUUGACUUCAAGUUCAGUAACGGACGAGUGGUUCUGGUUAGGAAGACUCGUGGACUUGCUCGCCGGAGGAGACAGGGCGGCAUCCCUCUGGACCCGGGUCACGCCCUGCAGAUCAUCCCACGUCAGAGAUCAGCUGACCAGCCUGUCACAUGGACCGGCCUGGGUCUGGUUAGGGUCCUAGAGGGGGCGGGGCUAAGAUUCACAGUGGAAAACCUCCCGUCAACGAUGGGUUACCAGCUGGUGAUUCGCUACGAGCCUGAGGGUCCGUCUGAUUGGCUGGCCUCUGUCAGCAUCACUACACUGUCACCGGGUGAUGGAGGCUGCAGCAGCGACCAAACAGGAAGUCAAACUCUGGUCCUUCCUGGAAACUCUAGAGGUGCUGUUCUGGACCCCUGGGUGUGCCUGAAUGCCGGUGGCCGUUAUUUUGUUGAUGUCGUGUGGAACAAACACUCUGGACCUGACGACUCACCUUCACACAUCUUGAUCGACUCGAUCGGUUUGAUUCCAAACAUCGAGUCCGUUCAGGACUUCUGCUCCCAGAACGACCUGGACUCUUUCCGACGCUUUCGCUGCAUCGGAUUGGCUGCUGGACUCGGCUCGCAGGAGUCUGUACCAGAAAUCUGUGAGGGACUUGUGAAGAGCAUGUCGGCACGAAUCCACAAAGGAGCUGUUCCAUGCAGGUGUAACGUGGACGGCUCUCUAGGACCGUCCUGCAGUAAACUGGGAGGUUCCUGUGAAUGUAAACCCAACGUGAUUGGCCGUUGCUGUGAUACCUGUUCCCCUCUGACGUAUGGUUUUGGACCUGACGGCUGCAGACCCUGUGAGUGUGACCCCCGCGGCGCCCAGUCAGAGAUGUGUGAUCAGGUCAGAGGUCAGUGUGCGUGUCGGUCACAGGUCACAGGUCGUCGCUGCGACCGCUGUGAGACGGGGUUCUGGAGUUUCCCCGUCUGUCGAGUCUGCGAGUGUCAGCGGCUCUCAGACGAGUGCGACCAGGAGACCGGAGAGUGUCUGAGCUGCAGGGAGAACGCCGCCGGGCCGCGCUGCGACAGGUGUUUAGAUGGUUACUAUGGUGACCCUGCCUCGGGGCGGCCCUGUCAGCCGUGUCUGUGUCCAGAAAUUCGGGGCAGCGGACGAUUCUUCGCUACUUCCUGUCUACAGGACCCAGAGUCCCUCAGUCUAUCCUGUACCUGCAGGGAGGGGCACACAGGUGCUCGCUGUGACAAGUGCAGCCCUGGUUUCUAUGGCAACCUGGCGUUGCCGGGGGCAAGCUGUGAGGAGUGUCUUUGCAACAACAACAUCGACGUUGACGACAGAAACGCCUGCGACAGUCUGACCGGGGAGUGUCUGCGCUGCCUCCACAACACCACGGGACCACAGUGCAACACCUGCAAACCUGGUUACUAUGGCACCGCCCUGGACCAGGGCUGCAAAGAGUGCUCAUGUGAUCGGCGGGGAACAGUGGUGGUUCAGUGUCCUCUGGGGGGUCCAUGUUUCUGUGACCAGAGGACAGGUCAGUGUCCCUGCAGGAGGGGGGCGGCCGGUGUCCUCUGUGACUCCUGUGAAGAUGGGUACUGGAACCUGGAUGGACCCGCAGCCUGUCAGCCUUGCAACUGUGACCCAGCUAACUCAGAGUCCAACACUUGUGACAAGGUGACAGGUCAGUGUCCGUGUCGCGCUGAGUUCGGGGGCCGUCAGUGUGAUGAAUGUGGAGAGAAUCAUUUUGGGAACCCGGACCUGCAGUGUAUCUCCUGUGACUGUAACAUGGAGGGAACCCAGCGUCCAUCAUGUGACCCCGAAACCGGUGAUUGUAUUUGUCGGGUCGGAGUGACGGGGAUCUUCUGCGAUCAGUGUGCCCCCGGCUUCGAAUCGGCGUUCCCUGCCUGCGCGCCGUGUCACGCCUGUACCGCCCUCUGGACCCAGAACGUCUCAGACGUGCAGCGAGCGGCACAGAGGAUGAGGACCUUCGUUCCUCGCCUGGACACCGAGCUGCUGCCCAGAGACGGUCAGGCACAGAGCCGGAUGCUGCAGAUUCACAACAGGAUGAACGGCCUCUCCAACCUGACCGGACUGUCCCCCCCGGAAGUGGAGAAGAUGGAGAAACUGUGUUCCAUGAUCGGGAAGCUGAAAGAUGCGGUUGACCCUAACAGGAUCCUGAUAGAUCCGUCUCCUCUCCUCAACUCAGAAAUAGACAACCUUCAUCUGGAGUUCAAGAAGCUCCUGAACAACCUGAAGGACAGAUUUAAUGAAGACUCCGACAGCACAGACGGAAACAUGGAGGAGCUGUUGGAUGAGGUCCAGAAGUUCCAUAAAUCCUUCAUGUCAGAUGAAAAACGAGUGAGAAACGCCGGCAAGGUCAUGGAGGACUCCAUGGACACCAGACAGGAUGCAAAACUCAAACUGAGCAUGUGCAGUAGCAGAGGGGACCUUGCACCGCUUGAGAAGAAGGUCAAAGAGCUCAGCAUUGCCAACCUAAACCAAAAGGUCUGUGGAGGACCUGGUCUGCAGGACUGUUCAGGAUGUGGUGGAGCUCUGUGUGGUCUGGGAAAGAGAAAAUGUGGAGGUCCAAAGUGUGACGGAGUCGUCCCUGAUAGUGAGAAGGCAACAGAGAGCGCUGAGAAGGCCAAGAAGGAACUCGCCAACCUGCCAUCCAGACUAGAGGAGUCAAAGAACAAGAUCAAUAAUGCCAAACAGGCAGCUCAGGACUCCAUAGAUCAGACCAAAGACCUGCAGGACCGGAUCAAGAACAACAUGGGAUCCUUCGAGAGAGAGAAACAGAAGACUAAGGAUCUGAUCCAGAAAGUCAAAGACUACCUGAUGGAUGAGAUGGUUCCUCCUGAGGACAUCGAGAAAAUAGCUCGAGCUGUCCUUAACAUCCAGCUGCCGAGAUCGCCUGAUCAGAUCCAGUCCAUGAUUAAUGACAUCAAUAAACUGCUGAACAAUGCCACCAGCAUCCAGGGUGACCUGAAGAGCCUGCAGGACCAGGCAGAGACCGCCGAGGACCUUCUACAGAAAGCUACAGAUCUCAAGGAACGUUCCCGGAACAUUGAUGUUACUGAGAUCAGCCUGGACAUUUAUGAUGCAAACAAAGCUCAAGAAGAAGCCAACGAUGACCUGGAAGCAGCCAACGAAGACAGAAAAACAACCAGAGACCUCCUCCAACAGAUUAAAGACAAACUGGACAACAUGGACCCCAAACUGAUGACCAGGCGACCUGAAGAUCUGAAGGUGGAGAUCGAAGAGCUGAAGAAGAAAACAGAGCAGAACAAAAACAUGGCCGAAGACGCCAAAGAGGCUGCAGACAGAGCGUUUAAUAACACUGCAGACGCACAGCCAGAAGUGGACAACGUUCUGAAGCUUUUUGAACUUUUAAAAGAGAAAAGUCAGAGUGCUAAAGGUCAAAGUGACGCUUCAGAACGACUGAAGAACCUUCUGGACGAGGCUGACUCCAUGAAGAGGCAGACGGAGAACAAACUACAACAAAUACAAGAUCUGGAGAAGAGGAUUCAGCAGCUGAUCAGGAACAAGGACGAGAAAGCAACUGAAGUGUCGAAGCUCUUAGAGACGGCCGACGAUCUGCGCAAAGAAAUCUCCAAACGAUCUGAGGUGUACGCAUCCUGCACUGCGUAGAGUCCUCUACAUCCAUUACAUCAUCUUUUCUCUAUACAUGUUUUAUUUUUCACUUUUGUUUGAAGUUUUGUUUUGAAGAAAAAAAUAAAAUAUUAAAACUUUUAAAAGUUUGGGUUACAAAAAUUAA